AUGGAGCGGGUGGGCGGCGGUGGCGAUUGCUGCGGCUCCUCCUCCGCAGAUCCGCGGAGCACCUUCGUGCUGAGUAACCUAGCGGAGGUGGUGGAGCGUGUCUUCACCUUCCUGCCCGCUAAGGCGUUGCUGCGGGUGGCCCGCGUGUGCCGCUUAUGGAGGGAGUGUGUGCGCAGAGUGUUGCGGACCCAUCGGAAUGUGACCUGGAUCUCCGCGCUCUCGGCGGAUCCCUGCCAUCUGGCGCAGCAUUGCCUGGUCCGCGUGGUAGCCGAAGAGCUUGAGAAUGUCCAUAUAUUACCACAGACAGUUCUUUACAUGGCUGAUUCAGAAAAUUUCAUUAAUCUGGAGGAGUGUCGUGGCCAUAAGAGAGCCAGGAAAAGAACUACUAUGGAAGCAGCAUUUGCCCUUGAGAAGCUCUUCCCAAAACAAUGCCAAGUCCUUGGGAUUGUGACCCCAGGAAUUGUAGUGACACCAAUAGGAUCACGGAGCAAUCGACCUCAGGAAAUAGAAAUUGGAGAAUCUGGUUUUGCUCUAUUAUUUCCUCAAAUUGAAGGAAUAAAAAUAAAGCCCUUUCAUUUUAUUAAGGAUCCAAAGAAAUUAACAUUAGAAAGGCAUCAACUCACUGAAGUAGGUCUUUUAGAUAACCCUGAGCUUCGUGUGGUCCUUGUAUUUGGCUAUAACUGCUGUAAGGUAGGAGCCAGUAAUUAUCUGCAGCGAGUCGUCAGCACUUUCAGUGAUAUGAAUGUCAUCUUGGCUGGAGGCCAGAUAGACAACCUGGCAUCGCUGACUUCUGAAAAGAGCCCCCUGGACAUUGAUGCCACUGGUGUGGUCGGACUGUCAUUUAGCGGACACCAGGUCCAGGGUGCCACAGUGCUUCUCAACGAGGAUGUCAAUGACGAGAAGACUGUGGACGCUGCAAUGCAGCGCCUCAAGGCAGCGAACAUUCCAGAGCAGAACACCAUUGGUUUCAUGUUUGCAUGUGUCGGCAGGGGCUCUCAGUAUUACAGAGCCAAGAAGAAUGUGGAGGCUGAUGCAUUUAGAAAGUUUUUUCCUAGUGUUCCUUUAUUUGGCUUCUUUGGAAAUGGAGAAAUUGGAUGUGAUCGCAUAGUCACUGGGAACUUUAUAUUGAAGAAAUGUAAUGAGUUUAACUAUAAUGAUCUAUUUCACAGCUAUACAACAAUAAUGGCACUGAUUCAUCUUGGGUCAUCUAAAUAA